CCAUUGAUGUGCCACAAAACCCAAACAGUGAGCACAGCUGCUAGCGACGGGACCAUAGUAAAGAAAGAGGCGCAGGCCUAGCGUUAGUUAAAUUGUCCUGUUACAGUUUUGUGGUGGCAUCGGGACUUUUUGUGACGUCGUUGUCGCAUCUGUUGUAACUGAAGUCGAGUGGGGUUGUCUCAUGGUGUUACUAAAAACUGACAGAAAGUAGAGUGAAGAGGUUGGUUUAAUGUGCGUGGCAUCAAGACAAGAGGCACCAUGAGUGCGGAGCUGGAUGCACUGGCCGUGGUGAACCAGCUGCGAGAUCUUGCUGCAGACCCCCUGAACCGAAGAGCCAUAGUAGAAGACCAAGGCUGUCUGCCAGGUCUCAUCCUUUUUUUGGACCACCCCAACCCACAGGUCGUCUACUCUGCACUAUUGGCCGUGCGCUACCUGGCAGAAUGUCGAGCCAACAGGGAGAAGAUGAAGGGCGAGCUGGGCAUGAUGCUGAGUUUGCAGAAUGUCAUGCAGAAGAGUACGUCACCCGGGGAGACCAAACUGCUGGCCUCUGAGAUCUAUGAGAUCUUGCAGUUAGCUGGUAAAGAACAGGCCGAGCAGGCUGAGGCAGCGGCUGCUUCCUGCCAGCGUAAAGCCCAGUUCUUCCUGGGCUCCAACAACAAGAGGGCCAAAACUGUGGUGCUGCACAUUGAUGGACUGGAUGAUCCUACUCGAAGGAGCCUUUGUGAGGAGGCGUUGCUGAAGAUUCGAGGGGUCAUCAGCUUCACCUUCCAGAUGGCUGUCAAGAGAUGUGUUGUCAGGAUCCGCUCUGACCUUAAAGCUGAGGCGUUGGGCACAGCAAUCAACUCCACCAAAGUAAUGAAGGCGCAGCAGGUGGUGAAGACUGAUGAUGGAGGAGAGCUGAUUUUGCCAUUCCAAGAGGGCUCCGUGGUGCCGGUAGAGGAGAACACCGACAUCCCAGACUACCUGCCCGAGGAGGAGAGUCCGUCCCAGGAGCAGGACAAAGCCGUCACGCGCGUAGGCUCCAUCACAGACGGCAUGGGCUGGCUCAGCACGGCCGCCAACUUCCUGACACGCUCCUUUUACUGGUGACCACUUCCUGUGUCUCUCUCUCUCUCUCUCUCUCUCUCUCUGCUCCCUGUCUCCUCUAAAGUACCAUCCAGCUGCAGCCUUAGCGUCUCUCAGCCUCACCCCGGACUAAGCCCUGCCUCACGGCCCUACACUAGUCUAGACUCCCCCCUCUCUCUCCGCUAAGCACACAGAAGCCGGCCACAUGUGUGCGACAAGUGCUGGACUGCCAAGUGGAACCUGCAAUAACUUAAACUUGUGUAUAUACUGAGCUACAAAUCCCACUACUGGCUAUAUGUGCACAACUAUAUACUAGCUGCAUAUGUAUCUCACAAGACAUAGCCAGAGGACUUCAAAUCAGCCGAAACCAAAUAGCAUUCUGGAAAUGUGUAUGGCUGCGUUGACAGAGUUGAAAUGUGGCAGGUGUAUUUAAUUAUUCUGAGGCUGAUUUUGAUUACGUUGAAAGUUCCUUUUUUUGUGCAUGAUUUUUGGUUGCUUCCUCAAAUUGUCCUCUUUACGAUACAUUAUUUCCAUCUUUAAUUUUCUAAUUAAUUUUGUCUUCCCCCUUCAGUUUUAUUAGCAUGCUACGAGUCUUUUGUGCCAAUCUUGCCUGAUGCCUAGAUCUGUGACUGUUGUGUGUGCCUUUUUUUGACAUUUUACUUUAAUAUUUUUCCAUCAGUCAUUCAAAUAAUUUAAGAGCUCCGAGCAUGUCAGAUGUAACGCUCCCAGGUGGCCCUUAGCAGCAGCAGCCGGCCUCCCAUAGCUUGUAGCUGACUGAGGUACGUCUCUAUAGUAGAAAUAGAAAACUAGACACCAGCAAGAGGCCGCAGCCCAUUCAGCCACUGGCCCACAAGCAUUAUACUGUUGCAUCCUGAAAGAAGAACUCCUUAGCCGAUCAAUAUAACACCCUUCCUUGCGUUUAGCUGGACUCAUAGACAUGUUUCUAUGGCUGGACUCCUCUGAUGAUGCUAUAAUGCAGGAAUAAAAACCCAAUGUGAGCUUGCAGAAGCUGUGAGUUGACUGACAGCUCCUUGUGUUACUUGCACAGACUUUAGGCUACCUCUGCUUUCAGCCCUCUAUCUCACAUCAGCGUUACAGUCUUCUGUAGUUUUAGUAAAACUCUUACUCAGCAUGUGGAAGACAAACCUGUUAGCCGCCUGCUUGUCAAACGUUUCCCCGUGUUACCCAGACUCCCACUGGACAUCUUUUUUUUUUUUUUUUUUUUUU